AAUUCGAAAGAUAGUAACCAUUUGAUUAUAUAUCAAUCUAACAUAAAACUUUUCAAACUGCAUAACAUAUCAAAAUGAGUACAGAUCGGAAAACUUCCGAGGCGAAGAAAGUGGAAGCAGCUCGCGUGUCGGAAACAUCUACUAGCAUCAGCCACACCAAUGACAAAUGCAUUACGGACUUUGUUAUGAAGGGUGGCAGCGGGAUGAUAAUCGGCACGGUGUUCACGGUAUUUUUCACACGGCCCCGCACCUAUCCGAUCUGGUUCGGCAUGGGUAUCGGCAUGGGCCUGGCCUACGAUUGCUGCCAGAGACGUUUGGCCAACGUGGACGAUAAUCAACAAAAAUGACACGCACGCAGAAUGAACAUCUAGGCAAUAACUUUCCAGACCAGACCAGACCAGGCGAUACUUAAUACCACAAAAAGAAAGUGCAUUAUGUGGUAGAAACUCCUCCAAAAGCGGUGCUAACUAACUGCUAAUUCAGACUUUCUUCUAAUUCAAAUUCAAUUUAUCAGCGGAGAGAAGAAUAUUUAAUUAAAUCAUUUUUCAAAAUGGUUUUUACAUAUUAAAUAUUAAACAUACGCAUGAA